UGUCCCACCGAGAUAGCUUUUGAUGUCCCGCAGUUUCCGCAUUGUUGCCGCCGCCUCUCUGCGACACCCACUGCCACUUCUGGGCCUGCAGGCGGUGUCGCCGGUGUCGCAGCCACGGGACAGGCUGUAUGAUUAGGCUACAGUCUUUCAUGAGUAAAUUCAUUCCUUUCUGUGGUAUUCUUGGUCAUACACUUAUGGAGUUUCUGAAGGGUCUUGGAGAUUACUGCCAGGCACAGCACGACCUUGAUGAGGACAAGUGAACUGUGGAAAUUCAUUACUACUCCAGCGGGAAGCCCCCACAAAACCAAGAAAACUGGGCACAGAAGUGAAGUCAUCGGAGCAUUUCAUGAGAGCCGUGAUUGGAUGAGGUAAACUUCCAUGCACCUCCUUUCUAGUGACCCAGUAUGAAUAAAUAAAUAGUUGCUACCACUUGUUACGAGGUUCCUUUCAUUUCCUACCACUCCCAACAUCAUAUUCGAAGCUCUGAGAAUUUCACUUGGAGUACACCGGAGUGGACUUCAGUUUUCUGACAUUUCUAUGUUCCAAAACUUUUCAGUUUUUUCCUCCUAACUUUUAAAACUAGAUUAAUAUGGCUCCAACGAAUUGCCUAGCUCCUGUGGAAGUCACAUACAGAAACAUGAGAUUUCUUAUUACAUACAACCCAACCAGUUCAACUUUAAACAGAUUUAUUGAAGAACUUAAAAAAUUUGGCAUUACCACAAUAGUAAGAGUGUGUGAUGCAACGUAUGACCCUGCUCUUGUGGAAGAAGAAGGCAUUCAGGUUCUGGAUUGGCCUUUUGAUGAUGGUUCCUCACCAUCCAAACAGAUUGUUGAUGACUGGUUAAAUCUUGUAAACAUUAAAUUUCAUGAAGAACCUGGUUGUUGUAUUGCUGUUCACUGUGUUGCAGGUCUUGGGAGAACUCCAGUGCUUGUUGCCCUAGCCUUAAUUGAAAGUGGCACGAAAAAUGAAGAUGCAGUACAGUUUAUAAGACAAAAGCGGCGUGGAGCUUUUAACAGCAAGCAACUUUUGUACUUGGAGAAAUACUCUAAAAUGCAACUGUGCUUCAGAGACUCCAUUGGUCACAGAAACAAUUGUUGCAUUCAAUAAAACUUGGCUGUAUGAUGCUAUAUGGCCUUGGAAGUGGAUCUUGAGACAGACCUAAUUUAUUGUACAUGUUAACUAACAUACCAGCUUAGUGAAUAAGUCUAAUGUAGCUUCCUUAGGAAUAUUGGUAAGCCACAAGCUUGACAGUAUUGCCACCUGUUAUGUUUUGCAUAUUGCUGUUCAUGCUGGAAACAAUAUGUGCAAGAUUUAAUGAGAUUAGGUGCCAAGACACCCAGCAUAAUAGUUGUAUAUUUUGACUUGUAUGGAAUUAAAAUCCCAACAACUAUAAAGAGCACUGUAGACAUCUUAAACACUUAGGGACAUCAUUAAAUGAUUUCAAACAUUGCAAGUAUAGCCUAUAGUCAUUUGUCUGCCCCUUUAUUCUUACAUCCAGAUUUGUUUGGGUAUACAUCAGGUUUGCACAGAAUUUGUUGUAUUCUUACCAAUUGUCAUGGGAUUAUUUAAUGUCUUCCUAAAAAAUCUCAUUUUAUGUUGUUAGGUAAACCUCCAUUUUAAAAGAUUAGCCUCUGGUUAAAAGUUCACAUAAAAUCCACAUUGCCUAGAGCACAUGUGUUUAAUGUCUAGCUUAAAAAAACCUUUGCAAUGUGUUUACAUUUUGGGGAGCAACUUAAAGGGGUUAUCCUAAAGAUAGAAUGGUAGGAGACUGAAAUAUUUAGUAAAAUGUUGCCUUUGUCUUGUGGAGGAUGUGUUUAGUUUAGCAAACACUUUUUAAGGUAGAGAUGCUUUGUAUCUAAAACAAUAUUCACCCAAUUUCUGAAAAUAUUGUAAUUCUUCCCCAUACAUAUUGGAAAUUGCUGGGCUGGGGAUGUAGCUCAGUGGCACUGUGCCUGCCUGGCAAGUACAAGGUCCUGAGUUUGAUCCCUGGUAUGCCACCCCCCAAAAAAACCAAAAAACCCCUCAAAACAAAUUGGAGAUUGCUUACUUUUGUUUUAAAGUAUAUUUUCCUUUGCCUUCCCAACCAAAAAAAGGAGUGGGUUUCU